AUGAGAGUGGAUCGACGCGAUUUGAUGCAAAUGGAGAAGGAGUGUCAUAGAAAAACUCACAUUCACAAUUACUUACCUAAAUUAAGUUGCCGCAAAUGCCACGUGCUUCGCGCCCCACCAGAACUGGACUGGCGUGAUGUAACUACGGAAGCAGAGCAGAUAGUGGGCUAUCCAACCUCAUUCCUCAACCUUCGAUGGCUAUUCAACGAUGAAAUUGCAAACACCGCUAUACAUUUGCGGAAAUUGGUAGGUACGAACCACCCCCUACUGAAAUCGGCGAAAAAUCUCUUGAUCGGAUCUAAAAGUAACCUACAAUCGGUUGGUUUGAUCAUCCUCCUGGUGUCGAAAGCGGCUGGGUUCGACCCUGCACACCAUGCAUUAGAAACCCACGACUGUGGAGUCCUUCAUUCCCAAAGGGCUCUCGCGGAGAUAGUCGAAAUGAAGAGGACGGGACACUUGAUUCAUAAGACUAUGGAGAAUCUUAAAAACAGGCAAAAGUUUGGGGAUAAAUAUCAGGAUUUGUUGUACGGGAACAAAAUUGUUCUGCUAACAGGUGAUUACCUCCUAGCUCGAUGUCUCCAGCACCUUGGCGGUCUGCGUAAUAACGAAGUGACGGAGCUGAUCUCCACUGGUUUAAGGGAUCUAGUAGAAGGAGACUUUAUUGGUGACCAUGACGAUGAGCAUAAACCGUUGCCAACAAAGCCCAAAGCCAGCAACGAAAUUAUAGAGAACUAUGAUUGGGAGAGUGAAGAGAAUCUUGCAAAACUUGGCUCCAACACAUUCCUUGGCCAAGGUAAAGACGAGUGGUUGCUACGCACUAUGCUUACCUCUGGAAGCUUACUGGGCAAAGGAUGUCAAGGGGCCAUGAAACUCGCAAAUAAGGGAAAGCAAUUCGAAGGUGACGCCUACAAAAUCGGCGGACAUUUGGCCAUAAUGUGGCAACUCUACCUAGACAUAAAAGACUUUUUUACACAUCCAUAUUCAUACUCUUUGGUCGGGGCGCCAGUGACCAUUGCCUUAUGGGAAUAUCCAUCGAUUUAUGGGCAUAUUUGGACAGCUAAAAUGGAAAAGAAGCCCGUAGAGCUUAAGCAGUUAUAUUACGCGGUACGUGCUACGAGAUCUAUGGAAUAUAUUUCAACGUUAUUGGAUGAAGAGUUAGCAGCAGUUAUUAAAUAUAGCGCCAUGUUUCCCGUUGAAGACGCAAGAUUGGCAUUGCAAAAGAUGGCGUUGACUGUCCACGGUGAAACUUUGCAGUAUAUGGAAAAAUAAUUGGGAUUGUCUAUAACAAAUCAAUAUUUAUGACAAUAUACAUUAUUACAAAUUUUACUCAUGUUAUUAAGGGAACUAAUACAUAUUAUAUGAUGCGAUAUACAAAAUGCCAUUCGUAUCACCUCGACGUCCGUCGUUCCAGAACUGAGCGUUUCUUAAAAAGUUGCGGCCAUGUAGAACUAACUGCCCACUAAAGUAUUACCGAGCCAAUUCGAUUUAGGGUCCUUCAAGAAAAGAAGCUACCUUCUUGAAAGGCCGGCUACGUACUUGCGAGCCUUCUGGCAAUUGAGUGUCCAUGGCCGGCGGCAUCACUUAAAUGUUAUGUGCAUAUAGAAAGUCCAUUGGUGCAUAGCCGGGAUCGUAGCUCAGGGAUGAGAGUCGUUCGCUGAAGCCAUAUUUAUUCUUGACAAAAAUCGUAAAUUGUAGUUCAAUAUAUUCUCCAUUAUUACAUA